AUGUCUCGCCCGGUGGGCUCCUGGCACUCAACCAGGGAAACCCGCAAGAUAGUCUCUAAGCACGCCAAAAAAGCGGAAAAUGACUACGAUGAUGCCAACAAGCCAGAUACACACGAUGGGCAGGGCUUACAAAACCCCUACGCCACCUCAAAGCCUCUCAAGAACAGAAGGACCGAAGAAGACGAUGAGGAAGUAGAUGGCCCAGGGCAGCGAACGGCUGUGACUGUUAAUGCCCCCUAUCUUCAUGAGUGGCACAAGGCUCUUCUCGAUGGGGAUGUCGGGUCAGUUCGUAGAUUGAUCUCCAGAGGUUUCGACAUCGAGAGUCCUAUUCUGGAAGGUCUUCUACCUCUCUGUCACGCUGCGACGCUUUCGGUGGCUGUCACGUCAUGUCUCCUAGCAGCCGGCGCAACUGUUGAUGGCAAAGUUGGCUCGUCGGGGACACCACUCCAGAAUGCAAUCGCAUUGAACAGAGAGAAGAUUGAAGUCGCCAGGCUGCUCCUCGACUAUGGUGCAGAUGUCAAUGCACCAUCCGGAGCACAUGGAACAGCCUUGGAGGCAGCUUUGGAUCAAGCAGAGCAUUCCCUCGUUUACAUGCUUAUUGCGCGAGGUGCCGAUAUAAAUCAGCUCAACGCUAAGCAUCAAGCUCGAGCUAUACUCGCUGCAAUCGAAGAGAACGACGUGUUGACUACAAGUCGGUUGCUUGAUGCUGGCGUGGACCCAAAUGUCGACCUUGAUGGGCAUCCCAAGCCUUUACUCGCAUCCAUACACCAGGGUAAUAAAUAUAGGGCAGAUUCGUCUCAAUCUGGUUGGGGAAGCGUCAAAUUCGUGGUAAUAUCCAAUGGCCUAGCAUAUUAUGCUCUAUCGAUGUUCGCUCUAACUUCAGGUUCCCAGGGUGACCAUGAACGCGUCAAUCUCGAGAUCAUUCGGACCCUGCUUGAACACGGAGCGUCUAUCGAUCUGGAGGUGGUCCUCGCAGCCAUCGACGAUGAAUACGAAGGAGCAGUUCUGCUACUUUUGGAGUAUGGAGCGGAUGCUUCGCAGGUUUUUGCAAAUUGGCAUCGGCGCCAUUAUUACACAGAGUUGCCCGUCUUGAAACGGUGGGAGUUCGCCACCCAAGGGUACUCUUAUGACACUUUGGAAGAUGCCGAAGAGGCUUUCUGCGGUGCUCGGGAGGAUCGACUUUUCACGAUGACGUGGGACUGGGAAGUGCCAGCCGUGAUUGAGAUGGCCAGAUAUUGUGGAGUCGCUGCUUUUGAUAUUGCGGACUGGCUUUUGGCCGAGAAUGUCGUAUUUGUUACGGAUCUCGAGCAUUCUCACCCCACCGCAAUCAAUUGUCGUGAUCUUCUCUUUGACCAAUUCGGUUUUGCGGUGAGUACUUUUGUUGUGGACGUCUUGCGCGCAGUUGCCGCAAAGAAGCUGGGCGACAACGACGACGAUUAUGAUCUGUUAUCAGAAUUACACAUUCGUGAUUUCCGCUGGAUCCACAGGGUUGAGUCGAUGACAUUUUCUUACAGAACUAUAACCAUGACAUUCAGGGCCCUAAACCCUUACACUCUCGGGAAUCCAUAUUGCCGUGCGAUAGAUCGGCUGUCCAGAACAAUUCACAUGCCUGCGCCUGAUGGUUCCAUGGUCCUCUCCAGAGCUGUAUACAAAUUGGAUCGGUGCCAGGUUCCUCCUGACUAUGGCAUGGAAAAGUCCCACAGACAAAGUGAGACUUCCAGGACGAGAUACAGAAUCGAAGCCUUUAUGCACAUAAAGAACAGUCCGUUACCGGCACACGAACACGAUUGUUGGCGCCUCCUAUUCACCGGUUGUGUGGUAUCAGUUUUCGAUGCCGCUCCCAGUGGCCGGCUUCUCGGAAGACCCUCCAGGCAGGAUGUAGGCAAGGGCCUGAAACUGCCCUUUGACCUCAUGAUUUCACUCGCAGCGGUUGAAUGUCAAUUGAUCAUAAAUGGCGGUGUGGUCUUUGUUGGAUACCAGACUGUGCUCUUCCCCACGGCAAUCUCUGAGAACGACGCACAAUUCCACGCCAUUGUGUCCGAUGGUGGGCAGAUUAAUCCAUAUACCCUGGAUUUCCCGAACAGAUUGCUCAUCCAGGAUGCGUCACAGUUCACGGGCAUGCAGUGUUUUCUAGGAUGGUGCGAAGCCGCCCAGAUCAACCUAGGGACCAGGCAGCUUCCAGCCGAUGUGAGGUACUCGGGAGGCCAAGAUCAAGAAAGGUACCUUGUCCUGGAGGGCCAGAGUACACAGCUACAAAUAGGUCUGCAAUCUCCCGUGUCGUUUCUCGUGGGACUGCAAACAAACUUCAAAUUCAUAUCCAGCCGCAGACAGUUCACACCAGCUGACUGCUACGCAAAGCUGCUGGAGGACACUGCCGAAGAGCUGGCCAUCGUAUAUGACGCAGGUCAGCGCCGUUGCUGGCUUCUGCCCAAGCUGAGUCUUCUUUUGCACAUGAGCCAUGCUUACGCCCGGCGUCGAGCCCUCCCUUGUUUUCGAGUACCGCACGUUGACCCUCAUGCUGACGCUCGUGAAAUCAUCGGGCUCUUGAAGUCCUCUGGUGAAUGUCCGAUUCACGAGGAUCCAGCCGAGCCCUUCCUCUUCAGACAACUGUUGUUAGGACUGAAUAUCAACUUGCUGGCUACUGUCUCGGCAGUCCAACAAAGCUCGGGAAAGAAGCUUUAUGGGUUCGAGUUCUUGGACGUGGUCACUUCCCCUGGUCGUGGAAGCUGCAUGAAGAAGCUGGAACUAGACGCUGCGGGAAAAGCCUGGCUAGACAUCGUCAACGUUGUCGACGCAGUUGUCGUCUGCUCGGAUCUCGGCGAAGCGAUUACGCCGGCCGAAGGCAGUGGCCGGGAAAGCCCUUCUUGCAACGCCGUGCCCAAGAAUCGGGACUACCUCGCCGCAACACUGCCCUGUCUCACUCGACUGAUAGAGCGCAAGGGAGGGAGGCUCACGCCUCAAGAUGGAUUCCAGGGCUUCAAGAUCUCCGAAGACAGCUAUUGGCUUCUCUGCGGCAACCCGUUUGAGCCUUGCAUCCAUGGCACUAGCGGUAGUUCUUCGUGCUGGAAGAGAUAUGACAUUAUCCAACGCCUCGAGCCAGCAAAGCUCUUCAAGCUGCUGCCGCUUCCACGUCGUACCCCAAGCGCCGCACCAGUAAGCGACAUCCCGCUGUCCGGGGCUGUUGUCUUUGGAAAACGAGUGGCCUGA